AUGUCGAGUUCCGAAGCCAGAGGCAGCGAGAUGGAGGAUAGUCGAUUGCUCAAAGACACAAACCAGUGGCAGCCAGACGGCCAAGGCACGAAUAUGAUCAACCUGCGGAAAUACAUAGAGCGCAUCGACGAACAGGGCAGCGUGUACGAGGCAGCGUUCUUGUUCCGCGUGUACAAGUGGGCCAGGGGGUGUAAGGGCGACGACGAGAAAGCAGGCAGUCUGUACUCGCACAUAUGGGACACCGAGGACGAGGCGCGGGCAGCGAAUCUCACUAGCAUUGCACAGGUGGAGGGAUCCUAUCUACUCGGUAAAGGGGAGGCAGGCGUGCGAGUAGAUGGGCCGCAUACGAGCAAGAUAGUGCAGAGUCUGGCGAGGGAGUUUGUGGAGAGAAAUUUUGGGCAGGGGUUUGACAUGGGUUUGGCGGUGCCAGAGAUGAGUGCAGACGACCAGGCUUGGCAAUCGAAGCUCGAGACUCUGAGGGGGAAGAUAUCCGACCACUGCAGAAGAGAGCUGAACAGCAGUAAGCCUGAUGAACGGCAACGAAGCAGCGCACUGAAGCGGCAUAUGUUUUUCUGGACACUCUUUGAGCGGUGGGCGGCACCGGAGCGGCCAUGGCUGGAGCUGGACAAGGCGUGCGGAGUGUACUCUGAUCUGGACGACAGGGACGAUGAGCAGAGAGCAGAGGACAGGGAGGAGGCGGACGAGCUACAAGGCGUUGCUCAACUUUCCUUGAAAUCAGUUACAUCAGUUGGGUGUGAGUACAGGGCGAAGGCAAGGCGGCGGGCGAGAUGGUAUCUGGAAGACGAGUUUCUAGAGGACGGGGACAACGAGGCGAGAAUCGGGUACGAGUGAAUGAUAAGGAUGGGAGUAGUAGUAUUACUUGGUCGUGAU